CAUCAAUUGUGUUUCUUGAGUCUAUGGACAAUAAAUCUAGCACCGAAUACUGCGUACUUUUGUGGUUGAUUCGUGCAAUUGUAAAUCAAAGUUUUUUGUCAACAAUACAAGUUACACGGUGAAGAAAUACGUUAUUUUCGGAUAGAAGAUUGAAGUACGAAGGCUUGUGAGUCGUGAUUAUCGAGAUAUCACGUGUAACUGGCUCUAAAUAGUAUCGUUGAGACGCAAAUUAUUUUUUCGGCAUUUUCGACCCUUUUUCCCUUAGAUAUAAUAAACAAUGGCGCAUUCUCACAAUGAUGAUACUCAUGCAUGCCAAAGCAAUAAUUAUGCUGUUUGUCAGACUUUAGAUGAAAUGGUAUUCGAACGUGGACUUUGGAAGGCAGCGUUGGAUGGUGAUAUAGAACGCGUAGAAAGGCUGUUGGACAGGGGCCACGACCCCAGGAAGGAGGAUACCAGUGGCUACACUCCACUGCAUUUCGCCGCUCGACACGGUCAUUUCGAGGUGUGCGAGCUCCUAUUGAACCACGGCGCGAACGUGAAUGCGACCACUCCCUCCCUUAAGGCGACACCUCUGCACCGUGCUGCUACACAAGGUCACGCUAAAACCGUCGAAACGUUGCUACGAUAUGGUGCAAAUGCCAAUCUGAAGGACAUAGAUGGCAAGACGGCCUUACACCGGGCAAUCUCGAGUUAUGUCAGCUCCAUGGAAACUCCUCAAAAUACCUCGUUAUCGAACACUUGCAUGUUAUUGUUACCGCAUACCGAUCCUAAUAUCAAAGAUAACACCGGACGAACUAUAAAGGAAUUAAUGGAAUCAAUGGAAAAGGAAUUAGAUCACUUAUAUAUUGAGCUACAAAAGAUGAUGAGUAUAAAAGAAAAGGAGGAAUUAAAAAAAACAAGCGUUAAGCAAAGCACAACGAGGUAUAACGAUACUUUUAGCACGGCAAUGGCAACCACGUCCAAAAAGGACGGUGUCGUCGUAGAGCGACAACACUUUCUAUUAUCAUCCGAUGGCGCCAUAGAACGCGUAAAAAUGCUGUUGGAUAAGGGCCAUGAUCCUAGUGCAAAGGAUUCCGAAGGCUGGCCUCCACUGCAUUAUGCAAUAAAAAAUCAUCAUACUUCUGUGUGUGAGAUCCUAUUAGAGUACGGCGCUGAUGUGGAAGGACGCACCUUUGGUGAGACGACACCUCUGCACCGUGCUGCUACUCAGGGUCACGCUGAAACCGUCGGAAUAUUACUACGACAUGGUGCAAAUGCCAAUCUGAAGGACAUAGAUGGCAAGACGGCCUUACACCGAGCAAUCUCGAAUUAUGUCAGCUCCAUGGAAACUCAAAAUACCUCAUUAUCGAACACUUGCAUUUUAUUGUUACUGCAUACCGAUCCUAAUAUCAAAGAUAACACCGGACAAACUACAAAGGAAUUAAUAUCUCAAAAGUACAAGGAGACAUUAAGCAAAUUCGGAUCAGAAACUGUGAAAAAUUCGUUCUUAGAAAAGUGGUUCGACAAAAAUAUAGAUUUGGGAGAAGCAUCAGAAGACAAAAAAUCAUUGCAAAAUAAACAAACAUUGGAAGAAGAAUUGAAAGCAAUGGAAUUAGGGAAGGAAUUAGAAAAGGCGGAUAAAAAAUUAAAAAAAAUUAAAAUUAAAAGACUUGCUAAAGAACAUCAACCAAAAGAAAGCGCACUUGAAGAAAUUGAAAAAUAUGUUGAUGCAUUAAAACAAAAAAAGUCAGAAUCUUAAAAUUGGAAUAUUUGCUUAUUUCGUUUUUGCUAGUAUAGUUUUUGUUUUUACAAAGUAAUGAAAGAGAGAGAGAGAGAGAGAGAGAAUAUAUUAUGUACAUGUUAGCAUAAUAUAUAUUCAUAUUUUGUUAAAAUGUGAAUCUCUUUUUUGAUAUUUAUAUAAACAAAAAUGUAUAUGAUAAUUUCACGUAAACUGAAAGAUUUGUAGCAUUUUAGUGUUCAAAAAUUUAAGAAGAUAGAAUAUACGAUUUUCUCUUGCGAGCAUUCGAAAUUUUAUAACAAUCGCAAUGACACAAGGAUUAUUAAAACAUCAAUCAUAUGUUCGAAGGAAGAACAACUUUUAUUUUUCGAUUUAUGAGUAGCGAUGCCAUCAAAGGAAAUGAUAAAAUUCUCAUGAUUCAUUAAAACUUUCUUAGUUUCAUUGAUGAAAAAUAGAUAUUUCAUCAACAAUUCUUCAAAUUGAGUAUUCAGCAUAUCAAAACUUUCUUAUCUCGAUUUUCGUCUCGCUAUGUUCUCGUUAAAAUACUCUAUACACUAUACAAUCAAAAAUACGAUCAAAAAAAGAAGCCAGAAAAUUUAUACCUCUCUCUCUCUCUCUCUCUCUCUCUCUCUCUCUCUCUAAAAUUCUCAUGAUCAAAACUCAGUUUCAUUGACGAAGAAUAAAUUUUCUUAACAAUUCUCCAAAUUAAAAAUUUAAUAUAUUAAAAAUUUGUCUUCAUUUUCAUCUUGCCGCGACAUUUCUUGUUAAAGACAUUUGACAUUUCUUAUUCUACAAGUGGUAAAAAAAAGAAGACUGAAAAUCUAUGACUCUCUAGCGAGCAUUGGAAAAUUUAUAACAAUGACAAUGAUAGAAAGAUUAAUAAACUGUCAAUAUGUUCAAAGAAAGAAAAAUAAUUUCUAUUUUUUUGACUUGUGAAUGAGCGAUGCCAAAUAUCAAAGGAAACAAAAGUCUCAUGAUUCAUCAAAACACGCAGUUUCAUCGACGAAGAAUAGAUUUCCUCAAUAAUUCUCCAAAUGAAAAAUUUAGUAUACCAAAAAUUCCUUGUCUUGAUUUGCAACUCGCUGCGACAUUCUUAUUAAAAUACUUUACAUGUGUUCAAAAAAGAAGACAGAAAAUCUAUGACUCUCUAGCGAGCACAAUCGAAAAUUUAUAACAAUAACAAUGAUACAAGGAUUAAUAAAAUAUUAAAAAAAAAAAAAAAAAAAAUUUCUAUUUUUUAAAUUAUGAAUAGCGAUUCUAAAUAUUAAAGGAAACAAUAAAAUUCUCAUGAUUCAUCAAAA